AAUUCGAUUCUUUUUUUUGUGAUUCUCCCCAUAGGUAAACAGCAAAUAGCGGUGCCAAGACAAAGUGUAUCGGUUGCGAAUAAUGUUCAAGCAUCACCCAAACCAGCAGCUGUCGAUAAUUCAGCAGCGGUCAAACAACCAAAAGAGAAAAAACCAAAAACCGAUAAACCAGCUGGCGAAAAGAAACCAUGGGAGAAACCAACCGCCGUCACUGCAGCUAGUGUCGAUGAACCGAUUGAUAUCAGUCGACUUGAUCUAAGAAUUGGUCGUAUUGUUGAAGUUCAAAAACAUCCCGAUGCCGAUGCAUUGUAUCUCGAAAAAAUUGAUGUUGGCGAAGAGAAACCACGUACGGUCAUUUCUGGUUUGGUUCGACACGUUCCAAUUGAAGAAAUGCAAAAUCGUUUACUUGUUGUUUUUUGCAAUUUAAAACCAGCUAAAAUGCGUGGCAUUCUAUCCGAAGGUAUGGUUCUAUGUGCAUCAACACCCGAAAAAGUUGAACUUAUCAAUGUGCCACCGAAUUCACAACCGGGCGAUUUCAUUCAUUGCGAAGGCUAUGAACGCAAACCAGACGCUCAACUCAAUCCGAAAAAGAAAAUCUGGGAACAAAUUGCACCAGAUCUUUUAACUAGCGAUGAUUUACUUGUUUGCUACAAAGGAAAACCAUUGUAUGUGCCAGAAAAGGGACAGCUCAAAGCUGCAUCGCUCAAAUGCGUACCAGUUAAAUAAAAUUUUUGUUGAUUGAAAGAAAUUCAAGCGAAACAUUGUGUUCAACAAACCUUUUUUUGGUAAUCAUUUUUUCAAUUUAAUAAAAAAAUCGAAACUUUGCAAAUAUA